AUGGCGGCGGCGGCGCCGGGCCUCGGGUUUUACUUCGUUCUCAUCCUCCUUCUCCUUCCGCCGCUCCGGGCAGAAGAGCCGGCCGCGGAGCCCGCAGACACUCGUGAUGCCGCACGGGUUCGCAGCGCGCCGGCCCCGAUUACGGACGUUGCCAGGCUGUGUGUCUGCGACCUGCUGGUGGCACAGUGUGAUGUCAACUGCUGCUGUGACCCCGACUGCAGCGCCGAGGACUUCAGCCUCUUCACCACCUGCUCGGUCCCUGUGGUCAUAGGUGACAGCCAGCUGUGUAGUCAGAAAGCUGCUGUGUAUUCUCUUGAUGUUGAAGCAAAUCCACCAGAAAGGAUAUUUAAAUUAAUUGACCAAGUCAAUCCCAGUAUUUUCUGCAUUCAUGCUGCAAACUAUGAACAAGCUCUGUAUCUCAAAUCCCCUGAAAUCCCAACUCCAGAAAAUUUUGAUCAGUUGCUUGAAAAAUUUGGAGGUGCUUCUUUCAGGGCUGAGCCUGACAGCUGGAAUUUGGAUACAGAUGCUCAAAAUCCCCCUGAAGCAAAUGAAACUUCCAGAUAUGAGUAUGGGGUUCCUGUGCAGACAAAGGAUGCAUUUCUAAGGCUGCCAAGUCCUGUUGUCUCCUCUUGGUGCUCUGAUGCAAACCCUGCAGGGUUUUUAGUAAACCAAGCCACAAAAUGCAUUAGGUCAGUAAGUGUGGAAAACUGUGACAGCAUUCAAGCACUUAGCAUGUUGUUUUAUAUCAACUCCAGCAUUUUGGCAGUGCCCAAAUCAAGUCAGAUGGUGAAUAUUACUGUCCAGUCCAUAGCUGUCCAGUCUCUGAAUGGAAUGAGGACUUUACUGAGCAGUAGUGAUGUCCUGAGGCUGCCUGUGGUUUUGGAUGAACUGUGCAUCAAUGCAGUUCUUGGGGUGAAUUAUCACAUUACCUACACAGACACAGGAGAAAUAAUAGAAGCAGCUGCUGCUUUUGUCUUGGGGGCAAUUAGCAAAGAAACACUUUCAAUAGAGCAGAGCUUCAAAAUCAGCUUCGCUCAGGAAAAUACACAGCCAGUUCCUCUCAGUGGCAAUCCUGGUUAUGUUGUUGGGCUGCCUGUCAGAGCAGGAUUCCAUCCUCAAGGAUCUGGCAUCAUUCAGAGUAGUAACAAACACAGCCAGCUCACCAUUCUGCAGAGCACAUCCACCCAGGACUGCCUGGCAGCACAGGGAGCCAGAACCCCAGUAUUAUUUGGUUAUAACAUGAUAUCAGGCUGUAAGUUACGAAUUACAGCAGCUAUGAAAUGCCAGCCUUUGGCUCAGACCCUCCUUGAUGUGCUGAAGGGCCAAAGCUUCCCUGAGUAUGUGGCCUCAUUUGGGAAUUCUCAAGCUCAGGAUGUGCUCGACUGGGUGCCAAUAACUCAGCUCCACAUCUCACAACAGAGCCCAUGCCAAAUACCAGUGUCAUUGGGAAUAGAAGUGAAGUGGACUAAAUAUGGAUCCCUGGUCAAUCCACAAGCCAGAAUAGUGAACGUUACAGCCACAAUCACUACCACCACACUGAAGCAGCUUCCCUCAGGAAGGGAGAAGAUUAUUCCUAUAACAAGUUCUGUGGUUUUCACUGACAUUUCUUCACCUGCAGAGCCGAGCUACAAAGCUUGGCCCACCAUUAACAUCAAGUUACCCUUUGACUUUUUCUAUCCCUUUGUCUAAGGUAAGUAUGCAUCCAAAAACCCCCAUAUUUCUGCUUUAUCUUAUUUUUAGCCCAUUGUUUAUCCUGUGACUGUGAUGGGCCAUCACUUUCUUCUAAGUUGUAAAUACUGGGCUAAACUUGGCCAAGAGAGGAAGGGUGAGACCUUGUGAGGGUUCUCAGAAGGUUUAGGGUGAAGAAACCCCCAUGAAGUGGAAAGUACCCAAUUAUAACUGCAAGAGAGGACAAAGGCUGCAGUUUGAACUUGCUGGUGGCUCUGGCUCAGUGACAGCCACCACCCCCCUCCAACACGUGGGAUCCAGCCCCAGCCUGCCCAGCAGAGGCAGGAGGGGAAGGGAAGAGCACAGGAACACACAGGGAAAGCAGGUUCAUUACCCCAUAACAGCAGAGCUAAAUUGCUAAUUAAACUCAUCAUGUGCUAUUAGAUAAGGCCUCUACUUUAUCUCAUUGCAUAGAUGUAUAAGCCACCUUUUUCUGGCUAUUUUUCCCACACCACUAAUUAAUUACCUUUUUAGAAAAAAUCUGAACAGUUGAGUUGUGCUUUCAGUGACCCCCUCCAGCCAAGUGGGGCUGAAAUCCAUUGGAGACACCUGCUGCAGUCACCAUCUCUCAGAAUUCCCACUUCAAUCUCACUCUUCAGCUCUCAAACAGCCUCUCCACAGGGACACUCUAGUUAAUACCUGAAAAAAUUCAAACAGCAGCCUGGCCUUUUGGAAUUUGCUUUUUCAUGGCUUUUCUGGAGUCUGACUGUUCCCAGCAGUGCAUUCACCUACAUCUGUUCUUACAUAUUACAGUUCUCUUAAUACAUGGAUUUAUGAGCUGUGGAAACAAAGAACUUUGCAGCCCCACGGGCUGUGGAGGAACAGUGAAAAGGGAAGAAGAGAUGAGGGAAUGCAGUAUCAGAACUGGGAUCUGCUGCUGGAGCAAGGCUUUGUUUGAUGUAAGAUGGCACAUGUUUGCCUCUAUUUUGAGGCUGAUUUCUUUGUCAGGGAAAGGAGCGGUGUGUUGGUGUUUCUGAAAUGAAUGUUAUAUAAAUAACAAAGUGGUACAAGCAGCAACAGACAUGAGGAAACUACCAACAGUAUGAAAAGAAUGGCUGGCAAAGAGAUGUAUUGAUGAUGAACAGGCAGCUGGUGGAAAAGAAAUUACCUUUUCAGCCUGGGUUCUUAUAUUUUAUACUGCAAGUUUGCUGCAAACAAAGAAUGUUAUCACAGAAAAAAUAUUUUAAAUAAGUGGUACUUUUCUAGAUGUAUAGCUUGUAAAGAUAUGUGUUUAUUAAAUUAUUUUGCAGUUUUGACUGUACAACUGUACAACAAAGGAAAGAAAUGCUGUUUACAGGGACUGUGUGAUUAAUUUUCCAGUAGAACUAUUUUUGCCAUCCCGAGGUCUGAUCAAAGUGGGGUCAAAGAGAAAAUGUUUAUAGAAAACACAAUACAAGAGGAAGCAAAGAGACAGAAAAACCUUUCAGGUCGAGCUGGCAGAUUCCAACACUGCAAUCUUCAAGCAGAAUUCCCACCUUGGAAAACUGGCCUUUUAUUUUUGCUGGCUGAGGAGUCCAUGCUGUUUCAAUAUGUUACUCAGCCUCUCGAUUUCUUGCUCCUUUGAGAGACAAAAUUCAAAUAAUUAACAGCCUGCAAGCAGCUUCCCAGGUUCCCACAGAUCUUCCCACUGCUAUAAUGUAUCUCCUGCUGCAGGAAAACAGCACAACCUGGCCAAAAGAAGUAGGACAGAGGUAUGGACAUGAUUCUUUUGAGGAGGAGCAGCCCAGAGAGGCAUGGGCAGGGCUGUGCUGCUUCAGCCUAGCUCACCCCACACUUUCAAUGAGGAAACCAAGCCAACA